ACUCCAUCUUCUCCAACGCAAUCAUCGCGUCCCACUAGUCCCCACAUUUCUCUCUUAAAACAUAACCACUCGCCUCUCUCCUUCUCUUUAAAGAAAAAAUACGCUAAAUAAAACCAGAUCUGACCCUCCUCUCUCUCUCUCUCUCUCUCUCUCUGUUUCUCAUUUCCGUUUCUUCUAAUUGAUAACAAUGGCAGCACGCGAAGAGAACGUGUACAUGGCGAAACUCGCCGAGCAAGCCGAGCGCUACGAGGAGAUGGUAGAGUUUAUGGAAAAAGUCUCCGCAUCGAUCGAUAACGAGGAACUGACAGUGGAAGAAAGAAACCUACUUUCGGUUGCGUACAAAAACGUGAUCGGUGCACGACGAGCGUCGUGGCGUAUUAUAUCGUCGAUUGAACAAAAGGAGGAGAGCAGAGGAAACGAGGACCACGUGUCAUUGAUCCGCGAUUAUCGGGCUAAAAUAGAGUCAGAGCUGUCGUCGAUCUGCGACGGGAUCUUGAAGUUGCUCGACACUAGGUUGAUUCCUUCUGCUGCUGCUGGUGACUCUAAGGUUUUUUAUUUGAAAAUGAAAGGUGAUUAUCAUAGGUAUCUCGCUGAGUUUAAAACUGGCGCUGAGAGGAAAGAAGCUGCCGAAAGUACCCUCACUGCUUACAAAUCUGCUCAGGAUAUUGCGAAUGCGGAAUUGGCUCCAACUCAUCCAAUUCGUUUAGGAUUGGCUCUUAACUUUUCUGUGUUUUACUAUGAGAUUUUGAAUUCUCCUGAUCGCGCUUGCAAUCUUGCUAAACAGGCUUUUGAUGAGGCAAUUGCUGAGUUGGAUACCCUGGGUGAGGAGUCAUACAAGGACAGCACUUUGAUUAUGCAACUUCUUCGUGACAAUCUCACUUUGUGGACCUCCGACAUGCAGGAUGAUGGUGCAGAUGAGAUUAAAGAAGCAGCACCCAAGCCUAGUGAUGAGCAGCAGUAAAGCUGCUUUAUUGCAAAUUAGGGUUGAACUUCUCCAUCCUAUGUUUUUAUUAGGAGAAGCUGCUUGUUGCUAAUUUGCUUGCUAUUCUGAGUUUCUAGGUAUUCUUGUCUUGGUUAUGAAUUGUGGACCAACCAAGCAUUUGUUUUUUGUUUUCUUUUUUCCUUAGUUUGUCAUGUCAAUUUGUGUCUUUGAAUGUGCCUUAUUUUCUUGAUGCUAUUGAAGCUCUUAUUUCUGCUCCUGGCGUUAAA